GGGACAAUGGCCGCCCCCAGUCGCCGAUAAUUAGUUCAGGAAAAUAAAUCUUUGUUUUGAAUAUUUUAGAAAUUAUAGGCAAAUAUGAAACAUCUGAGUGAUGAGCUCAAGAUACCAGAGGAUCUACAACGAUGUGUCAAUCAGCACAGAGUCGUCUGCCUGGUGACAGAAGACUGGCUCCGUGGUGUACAGAAGGGUCAAUUUGAAGCAAUAGUUAACAAUCUGACAAUAAGCGAGGUGGACCUUUACAUUGCUAAGUCUGUACUCAACAUACCUCCACCCUGGGUGAGGAAGUCGAUCAAAUGUAUUGAGAAGCAGGAUGUUCUAAUAGCUAGCGACUCACAUGUACAAAACAAACAGGAAUGUCUCACUGACAGUUUUACUGAACUACAUGCCUAUAUUGGGGAGCAGAACAGGAAGAAUCUAUGGAGGGAGGUUCAGAAAAAGCAUAAUAAGUACAUCAAUAAUGGAGGCCUCCCUAGUUCUCCUAGUUGUGAUAUAAAACACAGGAAGUUCAAUGAUGUCCUCCGAGAAGCCUUGCAGAUGUUGUACAGAUGUGACAUAGUACAGCUGUACCCUACAAGUGCAAGCCUACUCACUCCAGACCUAUCCAACUCAAGUAGUAAUGAUGGUCAUAAUCAUCCCCAUCCAAACACAGUCCCCGUGGAUUGCAUCAUUGAGACAGACUCUGUAUUCUAUGUGAUAGAGGAAUAUUUCCCUCAUAACGUAAAUGAUGUAGUAACAUUUAGUCCUGCAAUACUAGGAGAGUCCCAUAGUAAGCCCUUGUUCCUGGUUUACCAGCUACUCUCACUUACCUCAUGGCUACACUCACAGGGUCUUGCCCUGGGGGAUAUCAGGCUCUCAAAUAUCCUACUUGACUCCAAACUAUGGAUGCACAUUCCCUUGCCAAAUAUAGAAGCAAUUUUAACCAAUGAAAUCAAGCCAUGUGAUCAAAACAAAACUGAUGUGAUUUUAAAAAAUGAUUUAAAUCCAAGUGCCAAAGAGAAUGAACUCGAAGGAAUUACCUCAGAUUUAGGGAGAUAUACUCAUGAGUGGGUGCAUGGGAGGAUAUCAAACUUUGACUAUUUAAUGAUAUUGAAUAAAUUCGCUGGACGGAGAUACGGCGACCCUAACAACCAUCCAGUGAUUCCUUGGGUUUGUGAUUUUACGCAACCAAAUGGUGGCUUCAGAAACUUCAAUAAAUCAAAAUAUCGUCUGAAUAAGGGAGAUAGGCAGUUGGAUUUAACUUAUGAUAUUGGUAUGAUGGACUUGGGAUCUGGUUCAACUCAUACCCCUCACCAUAUAUCUGACGUACUUGCGGACAUCACAUACUAUGUCUACAAAGCUAGAGUCACUCCUAAAGAAAUCCUAUGUAAAUAUGUACGGAGUAAAUGGGUGGCUAAUGAAUACCCGUCAAGUAUGCAGCGUCUACAAGAAUGGACCCCGGAUGAAUGUAUCCCAGAGUUCUUCACUGAUCCAACAAUUUUUACGUCAAUUCACGAGGAUUUGCCUGAUCUUGAAAUUCCAACAUGGUGCGAUUCCCCCGAGGAUUUUAUAAAGAGACACAUGGAGAUCCUAGAGAGUGAACCAGUGUCAAGUAAACUGCACCAUUGGAUUGAUCUCACAUUUGGUUACAAAUUAGGAGGAGCGAGUGCUGUCAGAGCUAAAAAUGUAUGUCUCCAACUUGUAAAUCAACACAAGGAUCUAUCCAACCAUGGUGUAGUGCAGUUAUUCACCCAGCCCCACCCUCACAGACAUACCAAGAAACCUAGGGAGUCUGCACAGUCAUAUCACCUCCCUACUGUGGGUAGCUUUACCACCAUCUCAUUGAACAGUCACAGUGUGAGCAACAUAAACCAUGGUGAUCCAAUUGGUGUGAGUAAUGUGAAUGGUGUGAACAAAACAAAGGAGACAACAGGUGGAAUAGUGACCCUGCCUAAAGAUUGGAAACCUCUGGCAGAACUGGAACAGUUAGAAUCAGAGUACAAAUUCAGCCUUAGAACCAAUCUUGAGCUUCCUAAUCAAGAACAAUUAGAAGAUCCACAAACAGAUCUGAGAGACAUACGUGAGAGCAGAGAUAUGCAGGUGAUUGGUUGUGUCAUGGCUGAGAUGUUCUUUGCCCCGAAGCUGAGGGGGAUGAGUCAGGAUGCACCAUUAGAGCACCGCUAUCGUGUUGUCUGUAAACACCUGAGAAAAGAUUUCUCUGAUGUUCCAAGGCCAUUUAGAUGUGCUCUUAAAUGGCUGCUUCAGUUAGACAAAGACAAUGCAGCAAGCCAUACAAUAGAUGGCCCAAGUGCUACAGGACUACUCUUCAACUAUGAACCUGUAUCCAACCAUGGACUACCCCCUCCCACUCCAAGGCUCCUUCUCCACCCUUUAGUGUCCAUCCUACCAUUCCCUGCCUACUUCCCUGACUUGUACACUCUGUUCAGUCAGUUACAUGUGUAUGAUAUACAGCUAGCUGCACUGGAUGGUCUCCCUGGUGAAGUGGCCAAUGUUAAAGCUCUAGCAAAGGAAAAGGUUAUCUGUGCAGCUAAGGGACUGAUUGAACUUUUGCCAAAGUUAAACCAAGAGUCAGUGGAGUUAAUAAUGCCAUUCAUAAUGAAGCUUUUCACGGAUAAAUUCACAACUAUCCAAGCCAUGUGGUCCCUAUUUGGACCCAUUUCCCAAUCUCUUGGCCCUAAGAUGACAUCAAAGAUGCUCCUGCCAGUGUUCGCUGAUAUUUUCAACGCUGAUCCUACCUCACCUAAACAUAUUAAGCUCUAUCACAGGAGCUUCCUGCUGCAGGCUAUCAUCAGACUCGGCCUCAACACAUUCCUCACUAACUUCUCUACGUCACUCGUUGAGGCCACAGCUGGGUAUAAGAACUUUACCCUUGCAGCCAAUGAACAAUAUGAACGCCUAGAAAGUGCCGAUCUUAACAUCCGUAACUCCAGUAUUAACCAACCAGACAUUAAUUCCAGUGAUGAUAUUGAUAAGGAUGAAACGAAUGAUGAUAUCAUCGAUGUUGAUGACCCUCUUGAGAAAUCUGGUGAAGUGUUCAAUAUGGACAAUAUUGAUGGGGAUACAGAUAGCUCAACAAAACCUGACCAUUCCUCUAGUGAUUCCUGUAGUGUUGGGAAAGUGUCAAUUGACAGACUUGAAAGUGAUAUUAUCGAGGAUGCUGAGAGAGAAGAUGAUGUUAGUAUUGAGGAGGAAUGUGGUGAUGAGCCUACAGAUGAAGCCUUAGGGAAAAGUCUGGGUCUUACAUCAGUACAUAGUCUCUCUAGAUUAAUGGAUCGUCAGAGAACUGCAUCUGUAGGGAGUUCUGAAGUUGAAGAUCCAUUGGGCAACAGCAGCAGUGACGUAGCAACCCCCAGGCCAAGUGAAACAGACAGUUCUGACACAGGUAUCCCCCAGCGAAUGCCUCGGAGUGAGACUGAAGAAUUCUACCAGUCAUUGGGGACAAUGGAAUACAACAUUAGUGACGUUGCCAUGGAGAGUGUCAUGUGGCUAGCCCAUAGAUUGGGACCGGUGUUAGCGACAAAGUACUUAUCACGUAAUCUUCUACGUAUGCUUGGUCUCUGUUAUCUUGGCCAGGAACAGAUGCAAUGUACAAAUAUAACAACAGAUGAUGGUGGUGUAUCUUGUAGUAAGAAGGAAGUUUCAGGAGAUGUUCAUGUUGCCAAUGUGUUGAAGUGUCUCACUGGAAUAGCUGUGUUGUAUGGAGAACAUGUUAUAUUACUGCAGUACUUUCCUCACAUAGUAGAUGUGAUCGCAUCUUCCACAAAGAGGCUCACAGUGAGGGCUGAGGGUGGACUGAUUGGAUGUGCAGCCCUCAUACACUACCUAGUGCCAUAUCUUACUGAUACAACACUCAUGGACAAUCUGAAGGGUCCUAUAUUUGAGGACAUGCUUGCUCCUCUACUGAAGCUUGCCUCCUCUCAACAGCACAGCUUCCCAAGUGGAGCCAUUGCCCGCACUGUCAUCUGCUACAAGGUCCUCGACAUCCUAUAUAUCAUAGGCCUCAGGAUCAGCUUUGAAAUGACUCGUAAAUUCAUGUCUCCAAUCUUGAAGUUGUUUUUUGCAUCAUUUGAACGUGUUCAUGUUGAGAUGGCAUCUGAGGGACAGGAUCCAGGAACUAAACUGAGACAGAACAAAAGUAGUAGUUCACUGUUGGACUCAACAGAUGAGAACAUGUACUGUCAGAUCAAAAAGGACAGUUAUACACAAGAAUACAAGAUAGGGACUCCAGUGAAAGUUGAUUGGAUGAUGGCCAGUACCAGCAGCCAAUCAUCAUUCAGAUAUAGCCUCUCUCCACCAAUCGCAGAAGACAGAGAAUUAGACUCUGUAGAUGUGGUUGCUGACUCAGGGAGGAUAAAGGAAGAGCUUUCAGAGUGUUUCACUCCCGAAUUGGCACAUAUCGCCUACAUACCAUUCUGUAAACUAGCAGGAGGAAUUCAUAUGGAAGCCACACUGACCAAUGACAAUCUGAUACGUCAACUGGUUGCCCUCCAUGAUGAGGCCCUCACUAAGCAAGCAGAAAAUGACUCAAGUGAGGUGAAGGAAGAGGGAGAAAAGAAGGACCCCAACAAUGUACUGCAUGAAGGUGGUUUACUCCCAGCACCAGGUCAGACUUCAUGGUUUGUGCAGCUGCCCUCACAAGAUGCUGAUGUAGCUGAAGCUACAGAAGAUGUAGGGACAUUUGGUAGUUCAAUCCAGGGCAAUAGACUUGUACUUGAUGUGGACCCCGAACCUGAUGCCUCAGUCAAUGUAUCUAACAAAAAGAAACCUCCAGAUCCAUUAUCUAAGAUUGACUACACUAGGCUUAAAUGCCCCGAUAUGGUGAUGAACAAGCGGCGUCACCUCAAGGGCAACUGGCUGGCAUACUGGGAACAUGAACUGGGGCUUAGUGAAAGAGAAACUUUGUUUAAUUUUAAACAAAUCAAACUUCAAACAUACUCAGGGCACACUAAUAGCAUCAGAGCCAUCUAUCCAUUAGAUAAUGAAAACUCAUUUAUCACGGCCAGUAAGGAUAAAACAGUGAAGCUGUGGUCCCUGCGAAACUCAGGGGGUGGGGGAGAGAGAGGGGGGUGCCAGUGGACGUACAAUCUGCACAAAAAAUCUGUGUUCUCUGUAACAUUUCUGGAGCCACUGCGACUGGCAGCAUCCUGUGAUAGCAUUGUACAUAUUUGGGAUCCAUAUACAGGGCGUUGUAUUAGGCAAUUAGAGUCAGCCAAGAAUAGUCCUGUGACAGUGCUGACACCUAUGCCUGCCCCUAGCACUACUCUUAUAACGGCUACUACGGAUGCCACCCUCAGAUUCCUGGAUGUGCGAACUGGGAGCUAUAUGCAUGAGUUCAAGUGUACAACAGGGGCGGCUGGCUUGAUACGCUGUGUAACAGUCUCCCCUGACAGCAAUAUUAUAGCUGUAGGCUAUUCAUCAGGAAUAAUCUCCAUGUUAGACGCCCGGACAGGGGAGCUGUUGAGAACUUGGAAGGGACAUGAAGGAGAAAUAUUACAGAUCAAAGCUUUUAACAACAAUCUGUUUGUGACAUCAUCGUUCGACCAAGCAAUGUCAUUGUGGAAUAUAGAUGAUGGAAAACUAGUGUGUCAUUUUAGAGGUCACAGUGAACCUGCACAUUGUUUCAGUUUCUACCGUAAUGAGAUUAUAUCAGCUACUACAGGGAACAGAAUUGGGGUCCAUACAUCAUUAGAUGGACAGGCGUCAUUCUCAAGCACAAAGUUACGAUCAGACACAUUUAAAGGUGUACUUACAACAUUGGCUGUGCUUCCCCUCAACAGACUUUUGCUACUGGGGGCUGACAAUGGGACCAUAAAGCUACUUUGCUAGGAUCCCAUUGAGGCUUAAAGUGGCAGAAAAGAAUAGAGCCCAUCGAGACUUAAAGUGGCAGAAAAGAAUAGAGCCCAUUGAGAC